AUGGAUGACGAGUUGUAUCGGGAGGACGAUGUGGACGACCUCGAAGAUGCUGACGAGGCAGAUGGAUUUGAAGAGUCUGAGGAGGAAGAGGACUUCAACGAGGAUGUGGAGGAGGAGGAACGCAGUGAAAACGAGGCGGAGGCCAAAGAUCUCGAGCAUGAGGACGAAGAUGCCUCAGUGUCCUCCAUUUCCAAUGA